ACAUCACUGUUAGACUGACUGGAGUAACGCUCAGCCGGCUAAUGAAACUCCAGAGGAUGCUGUAAGGGUUUUCAGGCUUCAACAGGUGGCGGGUUUAGGGUUCGAGUCGCAAGCAGCAUGAGCGCGGAUUGUGCGGGAUAUUACAACGCGGACAAUGUGUUUGUCAGCGGCUUCACGUGCCCCAAACACGACAGCGAUGCGCUCGCGAUCUUCUGCUGCGGGUUCAAUGACGUCAAAUACUGCUGCGACGAUCCCAACAGCUUUUUCCCUUAUGAGUAUGGAUAUAUGUGGUGGCUCAGUUUGGGAGCCCUGGUUGGUUUAUCUAUAGCUGCUGUGGUGCUGUUAGCAUUCAUUAUCACUAUUUGUGUGCUUUGCUACCUGUUCAUCGCCACUAAACCACGAGGGCUGGACAACGGGCUGCCUUUACGAGCACCAGGAACUGGGCCCAGUCCUCAGGAGGGUCCGAGUCCACUGAGCGCCCCGUCGGGACCGCAGGGUUUCCGCAAACAUUUCCUAAGGGGAAAACUAGACUGUGACAACCAGCCUCCUGACCCGGACCGCCUGUUCCAGCGCUGCUUCAUGGCUACGGUCACCACCAUCAACGUUGAAGGACCUUCAUAAAGCCCUGGAGCUGCAAAUAUGACAUGAACAACAUUACCCAGGAGUCUUUUCAUCGGCUUUAUCCAACCAUCAUGUGACUGAUGUAACAUUUUGAACCAUAGAAAGAGUGUGGAUUUGAAAUCUGCCCCGUUUUGGCCUCAACAAACUCUGUUUUUGGAGACUGAAAUUAAUUGGGAAUUGCCAUAACAUUACAAAUCCUCUUUGUUUGCGUUUUUGAUGCAAGAAACAUUAAAGAGUUUAUAUUCAUCAGGACUUCAGCUCUUUGAGACUCUGUAGGCUGAACCAAAGACAGAACUGAACUCAAUCAAAGAGUUUGUUGUUCCCGAAUCCCAGCCGUACUUCUUUCUCUCAAACAAGGUUUACAAAGCGAUUACACAUAUGUUGUCGAUGACUUGAAAACAGCUUUGAGCUCUGUUUGAUCCAUUAAGUGAUUGCCAUACUGCAAGAAUCAAAAGUUGAAGUGUUUUUAAUUUGCUCUUCUGCUUUUGUUGCCAGUUGUGGUCAUACCAUUAAAUCACGUUGGGUUUUUUUUUCUUAAAAGGCACUUUUCACAAACAAGCCCCAUUACUUAUUUUAAAGCCAAUAUAAAAAUCUUACUUUGUGUAGAGAGAGAAAUAUGAAAUAUCUUAUAAAAUAGUAUCUGACCUAAAAUGAACAUGGCAUGAAAGUAUAAGUAUAUACAUCUUUUUUUUUUUAAAUCAAUAACUACAAACAAGAACUUGGUCCAAACUAACUACUUCCUACUAUGUGAUGUUCACAUUUUUAUUUGUUGUUUAUAUAUAUAUCUCCCUUGCUCGAUUCUGACAUUUAACAAAUGCAAAACUAUGUUAAUAUUUAUUGAUCUAAAACAGAAAAAGUUUACUCUGAUUUUAAUGUAUGACAGUAAAGAAAUAAAAGUUGUGUUUUUUUUUUUUU